GGGCUCAUUUGCUACUAAACCACGCCCAUAUGGUCUGCCUCUUUCUUGAUUUGCAUAACCUCGUGUAGACGCCAUUAUCAAUAGGAGGGUGAGAAGAAAAGAUAAUGCCAAAGCAGAUAGCAGAGAUUAAAGAUUUUCUACUUACUUGUAGAAGAAAGGAUGCUAAAUCUGUGAAAAUAAUGAAAUCAAAGGACAAAGUGAAAUUUAAAGUCCGAUGCUCUCGAUAUUUGUAUACGCUAGUAGUAAUGGAUAACGAAAAGGCAGAUAAGCUAAGACAGUCUCUUCCUCCUGAUCUUGCUGUAAAAGAUCUUGGAAAGAAAGCUAAAAAAUGAACCUAAAAUUUUCUUUAAUGUAUGUCCUUCUUGAGACCUCAUCAGAGUAAA